GCUGAACGUCACCACUUCUUGUCGCAAACGUGGUGCGCAUAACAUGUUUUGAGGAGGCGUUCUUUGUGCCAUUGUUCAAUCAAGUAAAAACGAGAAAACGGAUAAAUGGACCGUGGUUCAAAGCGCAGGCAGGUGAAGCCUCUGGCUGCCUCUCUGCUGGACGCUUUAGAUUAUGACAGCUCAGAUGACAGCGAUUUCGAAGUGGGAGACGCAGAUGCCUCAGGGUCAGAGGGUAGUGCCAUUGGGAGUGAUGAGGAGGAGGAGGGGUCCAAGGAAGAGAGCGCUGCUGAGGACUCUGACAAUGACAGCGGCUCGGACAACAUCGGCUCUGCAGCGGACGGCAUCGAUGAAGAACAGACCAAGGAGCUGACAGGUGACGACACCCCCACUGAGGAAGAGGAGAAGACCAAGGAACAGCAGCUGUCCUAUGACUCUAGCACCACCCCCACUAAAGACCCUGCUCCAUCAGGGGUGCCCAGGGGCCGACGGAGGAGAGAGGAGAAGGCCUCGGACACAGAGGCUGGGAGCGGAGGAAGCGGGAGUGGCACAGGUAGUGGUAAUGCGCAGGACGGAGGCUCAACAACGGCUGCCACACAGGAGCCCAAGAAGUGGAACCUGCGUCGGAACCGACCCAUGCUGGAUUUCACCACCAUGGACGAGCUCAACGAGAUGGACGACUACGACAGUGAAGACGACAAUGACUGGAGGCCCGCCGCCGGCAAGAAGAAGGGCAAGACGGCGGCUGCCCAGAAAGGAGGGAGCGAGGGAGAGGAGGACGAGGAGGACCACGACGGAGGGAGCGGUAGUGAUGAUGACGACGACAACGAGGAUGACGAUGGUGGUGAUGAAGAUGAGAAUGAAGAAGGGAGCAGUAGCGACAGUGAUAAAGAGGUGAAGAAACCCAAGAGGAAAGUGAAGAGCAGCAGUGUGUUUGACGAGGAGCUGACCAACGACAGCAUGUCACAGGGAAAGAGCAAUGAGGAUGCCUUGCUGGAGCGUGCCCAGACGUGGAGUGCGGCGGCCCAGAGGAUGGAACACAUCCUGAUCUGCUGUGUGUGUCUGGGAGACAACAGCGAGGACGCUGACGAGAUCAUCCAGUGUGACAACUGUGGUGUGACCGUACACGAAGGUUGCUAUGGAGUGGACGGUGAGAGUGACUCCAUCAUGAGUUCCGCCUCGGAGAACUCCACGGAACCGUGGUUCUGCGAUGCUUGCAAGAACGGAGUCACGCCCAGCUGUGAGCUCUGCCCCAAUCAGGACGGGAUCUUCAAAGAGACUGACGCUGGGAGAUGGGUCCAUGUGGUUUGUGCGCUCUACGUCCCUGGAGUAGCGUUUGGGGACAUUGAUAAACUACGACCAGUGACUCUCACAGAGAUGAACUACUCCAAGUAUGGGGCCAAGGAGUGCAGUUUCUGCGAGGACGCCCGRUUCGCCCGGACAGGCGUGUGUAUCAGCUGUGAUGCUGGCAUGUGCCGAUCCUACUUCCAUGUGACCUGUGCUCAGAGGGAGGGGCUUCUCUCAGAGGCCGCUGCGGAGGAGGACAUAGCCGAUCCCUUCUUUGCGUAUUGUAAGCAGCAUGCGGACCGCUAUGACAGGAAGUGGAAGAGGAAGAACUACCUGGCACUCCAGUCCUACUGCAAGGCGUCUCUACAGGACAAAGAGAAGCAGCUGGCCCCUGAGGCACAGGCCCGUAUCACCACCCGGCUGCAGCAGUACCGGGCCAGGGCAGAGCUGUCCCGUAACACGCGGCCCCAGGCCUGGGUCCCCCGGGAGAAGCUUCCACGACCCCUGACCUCCAGCGCCUCCGCCAUCAGGAAGCUCAUGAGGAAGGCCGAGCUCAUGGGCAUCAGCACGGACAUCUUCCCUGUAGACACGUCAGACAUCAGCGCAAGUGUGGACGGACGCAGGAAACACAAGCAGCCCGCCCUCACUGCAGACUUCGUCAACUAUUACCUGGAGAGGAACAUGAGGAUGAUUCAGAUCCAGGACAAUAUCUCUGAACAGAAGAACCUGAAAGACAAGCUGGAGAGUGAGCAGGAGAAACUGCACGUCGACUACAACAAGGUUAGUGGUGGUGGAAAACACACACUCUGUGGGAUCUGUAAGAAGAACCAAGACCAGCAUCUCCUGCGAUCGUGUACAGCAUGCAAGCUUCACACCACCUGGGCUGCUGGAAUCCUCGCUGACACGCAAUGCCCAAUGAAGACCAAGAACAGCUACUGGCAAUGUUCAGAGUGUGACCAGGCCAGUAGUGAUGAUGCCGACAUCGCCAUGGAGACGCUGCCCGACGGUACUAAGAGGUCUCGGAGACAGAUUAAAGGACCAAUCAAAUUCAUCCCUCAGGAGAUGUCCCCGGAGCCCAAGAAACGAGAUGUGAGGGGCACGAGAACCAGAGGGCAGAAGAGGAAGAGGGUGUCCAUCUGUGAAGAAGAGCGGUUUGAAGUGCAGGAACCUGCUCUACGUGAACGGCGUCAGCGUCAGUCUGUAAUGCAGAAGAAGACCCCUAAAGCCGARGACACCAGGACUGACUGUACCUCCUGCAAAGGACCCGGGGACAACGAGAACCUCGUCAGGUGUGAUGAGUGUUGUCUGUGCUACCAUUUUGGCUGUCUGGACCCUCCCCUGAAGAAGUCUCCCAAGCAGACAGGAUACGGCUGGAUCUGCCAGGAGUGUGACACUUCCUCCUCCAAGGAAGAAGAGGAGGAGCAUGAGGAGGAUGAAGAGGACGAUUCAUUCAAAGAGGAAACGACAGAGCACGACAUCCCAACAGAAAUUCCCAACUGAAACAAAAACAACUGUGUGACCUUAUCUUGAGCACAGUGAUCUUCAUGUUAUUGGUCAGCGGUCGGUCAGUGUCAUCAAUUCCACUUCAAAGAUCUGUAGGUAACAGGACAGUCUGUAAUGUCUCACAGUUUUACUGACAUUACUGCUCAUCUCUAGCCUGGUCCCAGAUCUGUUUGUCCUGGUUUGCAGCUAAUGACAACACAAACAAGAUGGCAUCAACAGAUCUGGGAUCAGGCUAACACACCUUUUCUUCUCAGUAAGAUAUGGGACAGAGCACAGAGGUACUAACCACGUUCGUUUUGUAGCCAGAGGAACAGUAUAUUUUAGAGUAGAGAAUGUAUUUGGUAAAGAAUGUACCGUGGAAUCUUUUAGAGGGAAUUCAAGUCAUAGUAUAUAUUUUCAAAAAGGACAGAUCUGAAGCCUCACGCUCGCUAUGGUAACUGGAGAUGAUGUCGCUGACAUGCAGGUUUUAUCAUAGAAAUAUACAAUCUAGAAUCUAUUUUAGGUUAUAUAUUCUAGAUUGUGUUUCUAUAGUUUGUAUAUAAGAUCUUCAUGAAACAGCUCCUCAAUGUAUUCUGACUAAGAAGGUUUUCAUUCGGGGGAGUCCAGUGUUAGAUUUCUGUUUUCAGGGGCAUCUGUCCAUGGCGGUAUUUUGCAGCAGAGAUGAAAUCAAAUAUAAAACCCAGAGAAAGUAUCUGGAUGGACCAGACCAGUCAGACUGUUAGAGGAUAUGAACCUGCUUAUGACCAACCAAACAUUUUCCUUCAGAUCUAUUUUCAUACACUAAUCAUUAUACAGUAUGGUGUUCACACUAUCCUCAGUAGCCUGCUCCCAAAUCUGGGAUCAUGCUAUCUCCUCAAUGCCCUGUUUACAUACACUGUAUGUGAAGUAUUCAGUGGGGUCGAGUAUUUCUUAUACAAUCUCUCAUCACCAUUGAAUUGAAACUCUAUUUUCUGUAUGGCAUGUGAACACCACGGUCUUGUAUCACCAGUUUAAAAAAGMUUUUGUUGGUGCUAUCUGGUCUUCUCUCUAUCGAUUGUCAUGACCUCUUUUUUUAUGAGUUUUUAGUUUUUAUGUUUGUAUGCKUUUAUGUUCACACUGUCUGACAUGUCAGUAACCUCAUACAUAUGGUGUGGCCUGUUGGUGGCACCAAUUUGAAGUCAGCUAUCCUCUUUGCUUGUGGCUGCACUACAAGUCAAAGGAAACCAACUCUGGCUUAUAACCCAGGCUGUCCAGGAACUACAACACAAGUCAACACGUUGACUUACCUGUUUAAGUGCUACCAAUGUAUCAUUGUACGUUUGAUUUGACAUUAAAGCAACAAGGAAAAGGUCAUGUAUUUUUGGGGGGGAUAUGCAUUUGCUAAGAGUAUGUAUUUAGAUACUUUGUAAACGUUAAAGUGCCAAUAAACUUCAAUUCCACAACAAUA